AUCAGUGUCGUUCGAGCAUCGGCCGAGUCAACAGGCCGACGAUAAGAAUCGUGCUCUCCUUGCUCGAAGAGAGAAAGGUUUACGAAAAUAAAAGGCGCGAAAUUGUAGUUGACAAAAUGACGCCACGCUCGGCGAUCUUGUUCUGUAUCGUCUGCAUCUGUAGCGUUCAGAGUGUUCCUUCGCGUCCGGAAGCGAUUGCACCAACAGGAAAAAUCCGUGGUUCUAUUUUGAAUUCAAGGCUCGGACGGAAGAUUUAUUCCUUCCGCGGAGUGAGAUAUGCCGAGCCUCCUACGGGAGACCGUCGUUUUAAGGUUGCGAUCCCAGCCGCUGACAGGAACGAUGUAUUCGACGCGUCCGAAGAAGGUCCUUCGUGCCCGAAUUUAGACGGCGUGUCGUUAAUGUCCGAAGACUGCUUGCGUUUAAACGUGUACACCACCAAAUUGCCCUCGAAAGAUGAGAAUGUGUCCAGGCCAGUUUUGGUAUUUUUCCAUCCCGGUGGUUUUUACAGCUUUUCUGGACAGAGCUUUUACUUCGGUCCUCAGUAUCUGAUGGACAAGAACAUCGUUCUGGUUACUGUUAAUUAUCGUAUCGGAACGUUAGGUUUUAUAAGUACGGGUGAUUCCGCGGCACCAGGAAAUCUGGGACUAAAGGACCAAGUGUUGGCCCUUCGUUGGAUUCGAAGGAACAUUAUCGCCUUUGGCGGAAAUCCCAAUUCUGUGACUAUCAGUGGAUACAGCGUCGGUGGACUCAGUACGAUGUUGCACAUGUUAUCUCCGAUGUCUAAAGACUUAUUCCACAGAGCAAUCGUGAUGAGCGGUUCGCUUUUAACCACGGAACCUUAUCCAACUGAACAAAAACGGCUCGCCAAAAAGCAAGCGGAACUUUUGGACUGUCCCACUAGCGAUAACGAAGCCAUGUUAACUUGCCUGAGGUCGAAGCCUGUCAGCAACUUCACGGACACCAUGUCCGAGUUUUUCGAAUGGCAUGGGGAUCCAAUUUUAAUCUGGGAACCGGUUGUGGAACCGAAAAUCCCAGGUGUGGAACAAUUCUUACCGGCUCAACCCGUCGAUCUGAUCAGGCAAAAGAAGUUUCAUCAGGUUCCAGCUAUAUUCGGAGUGACCAAAGACGAAUUUGGCGGUGUGGUUGCCGUAUUCGAAAACGUAACCAAGAAGGGAGACGACUAUUAUCGCGAUAUGAGCGACAAUUGGGACCGGAUCGCACCGAUUUGUUUCCUGUACGAACGUGGAACGCCACGGUCAAAAUAUAUCAGCGAUCAAUUACGUCAAUUUUAUUUUAACGGUCAGCCACUCGGCCCGGCAAAUAACGAUGGUCUUGCUCACAUCUAUGCAGACAGUGUAAUUAUAUUCCCAAUGUAUCGUACGGCGAAACUGAUUGCUGAGAACUCUGAUAAACCCGUGUAUUUUUACGAAUUUACGUUUCAAGGACGUUACAGCUUUGUCUAUUGGAACGCCACCACGCCAUACGGUGUCGUACAUCACGAUGACCUGCAAUAUCUGUUCUUCAUGAAGGAAUUCUUUCCAUUCCUCGACAGCUCCGCGCCUGAAAUCCCAAUGGUGGAAUUGUACACGUCCAUGUGGACAAACUUCGUCGAAACUGGAGAACCAGUUCCCAAGACUGGCGCUUAUAAGAAUGUAAGAUGGGACAGGUUUGUGUCCAGGCAAGAUAACUACUUGGAGAUCAACCUGAACCCAACCAUGAGAACUGGUCUGUAUUUGAACAGAAUGCAGGAAUGGGAAAAACUCUUUCCUCUGCUCCCUGUGGCACAGGCUAUCGAGCACGUCUCGGGUACUAUAUCACGAUCACGAGAAAGACGUCGCAGAAAAGAGCGAGUUUCCAGCUCUAAAAUGAAGACUACUUUGAUAGUACUUUCCUGUGUCGUCGGCAUUAUCGCCACCAGAAACUCCCCUCGGGAGCAGCCACUCGUGACUGCCCCAACUGGACCGAUACGAGGUUCGAUAUUAACCUCCAGACUCGGCAAGGAUAUUUACUCCUUUCGUGGCGUGAGAUACGCCGAACCUCCUACUGGCCAUCAACGUUUUCAGCCCCCGGUCCCAGCAGCAGACUGGCAGAAUGUUUACGAUGCAACAGAGGAUGGGCCCGCGUGUCCUCAGAACGGCGAAAACUACACGUCCGAAGAUUGUCUACUUUUGAACGUGUAUACCACAAAAUUACCUUGCAAAGAUGAAAAUGUAUCGAGACCGGUGAUGGUGUUUCUUCAUCCGGGCGGCUUUUACGCCUUCUCAGGGCGGAGUACGUUGUUCGGGCCACAGUAUCUCAUGGACCAGGACAUCGUCUUGGUCACAAUCAAUUACCGUCUAGGGGCGUUAGGUUUCUUGAGUAUGGGCGAUAAUUUGGCGCCAGGAAACAUGGGCUUGAAGGACCAGGUGGUGGCUCUUCGUUGGGUUCAAAGAAACAUCGCUGCUUUCGGUGGCAAUCCAAACGCCGUCACUCUCUGCGGUGACAGCGCUGGUAGUUUCAGUAUACUCCUGCACAUGGUGUCGCCGAUGUCCCAGAAUCUAUUCCACAGAGCUAUAUCGAUGAGCGGCUCGCCCCUGCAGGGUGACGUCUACUCAAACAUCGCCAGCAACGGGCAGAAACAGCUCGCUAAGAAACUGGCCGAUCUGCUAAACUGUCCCUCCGACACAACCGGUUCCAUGUUGCUUUGCAUGUACACGAAACCCGUCGAGAACUUCACCGACACCUUGGCUUCGUUAUUCGACUGGUAUCAAACCCCAAUCUUACUUUGGCAACCCACCGUCGAGCCGGAAGUCCGCGGCGUUGAGAGGUUCCUCACUGCUCAGCCGUACGACUUGAUCUCGCAGGGAAAAUUCAAACAGGUCCCUUACAUCCUUGGCGUGACGGAGGAUGAAUUCGGUGGGCUAGCUUCCCUUUAUGAAAAAGAUGCGUUGAACAAUGGUUCGCUGUACCAAGAAAUCAACGACAACUGGAACCGCGUUGCUCCCAUUCUAUUCUAUUACGAACGCGAUACACCACGAUCGAACUAUAUCAGCAGGGAAUUGCGGCGAUUCUAUUUCAACAAUCAACCAAUUGAUAGUAACACCAUGCAAGGACUUUCCGAGGUGUACGCCGAUGGUAUAAUCAUAUUUAGCAUGUACCGAACAGCCAAACUGAUGGCUUCGAAAUCCAAGCAGCCGGUGUACUUUUACAAGUUCACGUACAAGUCGCGUUACAGCUUCCGAAUGUGGAACGACACUACGCCGGCCGCCGUAGACCACCAGGACGAUCUGCAGUACCUGUUCUACAUGAAGCAGCUAUUCCCAUAUUUCGAACCGGACGCGCCUGAAAUCCCGAUGGUGGAAGUUUCGACGUCGAUGUGGGCGAAUUUCGUAGAAACUGGCGAACCAAUUCCUAGGAACAACGACAGGUUCAGGGGCGUAACGUGGACCCCAUUUGUACCAGCGCAAACCAAUUUCCUGGAUAUCAAUCCUCAUCCGACUAUGAAAAAUAGUUUCUUCCCCGAAAGAAUGCAGUUCUGGGAGAGGUUGUUCCCUUUGCCGAAUAAAUCGCGCAACGUGAAACACUGAGCGGUGGAUCUGCUCGAUAGUCGUAAGGAUUCCCGCGGUUCUCGAUUCUUAAUAAUUCGAACUUUCUCGCCAAUGUAUUAAAAGAUAAAUAAAUAUAGCGGACGAACAGA